AUGGAGGUCCAUCUGGUUAUCUGGGAUAUCUCGUCGGGAUGCAUUAGACGACGAUUCAAACUCAAAAAACCUGAUCUCGACAAGUCAUUCACCUUUUCACCUAACAGUCGCCAGCUGAUUAUCGCAAGCGGAAAAGAGCUUUUGAUUUGGGACAUGGUUAAUGAUUGGGGGUUAAGGAGACUUGCAAGUCAUGACGUCAAGUUCAGGCAUGUCAUAUUCACCCAUAACGGCAGGUUCAUAUCUGAUGUCUGGUACGGCUCGACCGUUAUCUUCAAGGCAUGUGCCCACCACAGUCCACCAGAAACGCAAGUCCCCAUUGGCAACCCCAAGUGGUGGGUGCGCGUGUCCAAAAACGUCCUCGAAAUUUUUGAUAGCGACCCAACAAAACCAAGCUCAAAGCCUUUACUUUUACUACAUCUCACAAAGUCGUACACGGCGUUGAUAGUCUUUACACUCGACGGAAGAAAGCUCAUUAAGUUCGACGAUGACGACUAUCUGGUUUGGAAUCUGCAAUCUGGCGAGGUGGAGCCAGUGAGACAGAGCCUCCAGGACUUCCCAAAGGACGUUGCAUUUCUUCACGACGGUACUAUGCUUGCUGCUGGGAGGGGUUUGAAUCACUGGGAGGUGGAUGUCCUCGGGACCGGUGAGGUAAAUGAGGCCCAAGCGGCCGGCCCAGAUGUGCCCAGGGUCCAGAAGGUUGUCUUGACGCCUGGCAGUCGACAUGCGGCCGUUCUGUGGCACCAUCCGGCCGUCGAAAUAUUUGAUUUCGCUACUUUAAAACGUAUUUCAACUGUGAAAGUUGAAGCAAAGGUUAUACUUGACAUGACACCCGCUCAGAACAGUGGUAACCUGGUGUUAUUCGCGGAGCACCGUAUACUCAUUUACAAUAUUGCUAAGAAAAGACUGGAACAAGAGAUUAACUCGACGUACACAGUACGAACCUCGGACGGGGAGUGUCACCUUGACAGCCCUCCAAUAUCGAGGUUGUCAGAUGACGGGACCAAGGUCGCCUGGGUGGCUAAUUGGGACAGCGAAAAAAAUACUAGCAGUCGCGUUGUACAUGUUGGUAGUGUAAAAACCGGGGAGGUUCUCCAUACAAGCACGCCGAUGGAUAUCACGGUGCACGACCUAGCAUUUUCUGCCAGGGGUGACUGCCUGACUAUACGGUUUCGCGACGGACGGAUGAAGCGUUGGCACCUGAGCGGCGAGCACAACGAACAACCACUUCACCGUGACCCAGAUUAUGUCAAGGACAUCCUUGAUAAUAACCCCCCUGGAACUUCUCUGGAUUCAGAGGGAUGGAUAUUUCGCCAUGGCUUGCGUACGUUGUAUCUACGACAGGAUUUUCGGGAGCAUGCGGUGUCCCGUGAUGGUAACUGCGUGGCCAUUGCCAGAUCUGUACAACUCAUGUCCUUGUCAUUCCUUGAUUCCAGUGUCGAGGAUCAGGUAGAAUAA